AUGGCCGAAACGCUCGCCCUCCCGCUGCCCCUCCGCGCGCCGGCGCCACCGUCGCGUCCUACAAUCCCCAACCCCAUCAUCACCCACCGCCAGCCUCACACACCGUCCUCCUCCCCUCCUCGCCUCUUCUCCCCGACCUCCCUCCUCUCCACCUCCCGCCCCACCCCAGCCUCCUCCUCCCGCAAGCCGCGCCUCGGCCGCCCGCUGGACACCUCCCGCGGCGAACAGCCGUGGCACCUGCCGCCGUCCCUCUCCCUCCCUGCUCGCCGCGCGCUCCUCGGCCUGCUCGCCGACCCCGCGGAGCUGGCCUCCCCGCGCGACGUCCUCUCGGUGCUCCCCGAGACCGACCUCCCCGCUGUCCUGAACACUCUUGCCUCCCGAGGGGGGCACCCCGGCGCCGCUCUUGGCGCGGUCCGCGCCGCGCGGGACCUCCACGGAGGCCGCGCUCUCCACCACCCGCGCGUACUGCCCACUGCCAUCCGCGUGUUUGCGCGCGCUGGCUGCCUCGCUGAGGCCUCCGCUCUGCUCGAGGCCGCGCCGGCGCCCGCCGCCAGCGCAUACACGGCUCUCGUGUCCGCGUUCUCCCGUGCCGGGAGGUUCCGGGACGCGGUCGCCGUGUUCCGGCGCAUGGUGGAUGGCGGCGUGCAGCCCGCGUUGGUCACCUACAACGUCGUGCUCCAUGUCUACUCCAAGAUGGCUGUCCCAUGGAAAGAGGUGGUGGCGCUCGUGGACUCCAUGAAGGAGGACGCCAUUGAGCUGGACAGGUAUACAUACAACACGCUCAUUAGUUGUUGCCGCCGAAGGGGCCUUUACAGGGAGGCAGCACAGCUGUUCGAUGAGAUGAAGGCUGCUGGAUUCGAACCUGACAAGGUCACAUUCAAUUCCCUGCUGGAUGUUUAUGGUAAGGCGCGGAGGUAUGAGGAGGCGAUUGGGGUGCUAAAGAAGAUGGAGAAUGCGGGAUGUACACCCAGCGUGGUGACUUACAACUCACUCAUCUCGGCUUAUGUGAAAGAUGGGUUGUUGGAAGAGGCUCUGGAGCUAAAACAGGAGAUGGAGUUCAGGGGGAUGAAGCCGGAUGUGAUUACAUACACGACAUUGAUCUCUGGCCUUGACAGAACUGGCAAAAUUGAUGCAGCACUUGCUACAUACAGUGAAAUGGUGAGGAACGGAUGUAGCCCGAACUUGUGCACCUACAAUGCAUUGAUCAAGAUGCACGGGGUGAGGGGAAAGUUCACAGAGAUGAUGAAUGUCUUUGAUGACCUCAGGUCUGCUGGUUAUGUGCCAGAUGUUGUCACCUGGAACACGCUCUUGUCCGUGUUUGGGCAGAAUGGUCUAGACACUGAGGUUUCAGGGGUGUUCAAAGAGAUGAAGAAAGCUGGCUAUAUCCCUGAGAGGGACACAUAUGUUUCACUGAUUAGUUCAUAUAGUCGAUGUGGUUUGUUUGAUCAAGCAAUGGAGAUAUACAAGAGGAUGAUAGAAGCCGGUAUAUAUCCAGACAUUUCAACGUAUAAUGCUGUUCUAUCUGCGUUGUCUCGGGGUGGUCGCUGGGAACAGGCAGAAAAGCUGUUUGCUGAGAUGGAGGAUCGGGAUUGUAAGCCAGAUGAGCUCAGUUAUUCCUCAUUGCUUCAUGCAUAUGCUAAUGCUAAGAAGUUGGACAAAAUGAAAGCUUUAUCGGAAGAUAUAUAUGCAGAGAGGAUUGAACCACACAAUUGGCUAGUAAAAACACUGGUCUUGGUCAAUAACAAAGUUAAUAAUAUAUCUAAGACAGAAAAGGCGUUUCAGGAACUGAGGAGGAGGCGCUGCUCCCUGGACAUUAAUGUUCUUAACGCCAUGGUAUCCAUAUAUGGGAAAAAUAAGAUGGUUAAGAAGGUGGAGGAGGUCCUUUCCCUCAUGAAGGAGAAUUCUAUCAACCACAGUGCUGCAACAUAUAACAGCUUGAUGCAUAUGUAUUCUCGUUUAGGUGAUUGCGAAAAGUGUGAAGCAAUUCUCACUGAGAUCAAGUCAAGUGACAUGCGCCCUGAUCGAUACUCUUAUAACACUGUGAUAUAUGCAUAUGGAAGAAAAGGAAAGAUGAAAGAAGCCUCAAGGUUGUUCUCUGAGAUGAAAUGUUCAGGCGUGAAACCAGAUAUUGUAACAUACAAUAUUUUCAUCAAGAGCUAUGUUGCCAGCUUAAUGUUUGAAGAAGCUAUUGAUUUGGUACGCUAUUUGGUUACCCAAGGUUGCAAGCCAAAUGAGAGAACUUACGCGGCAAUACUGCAGGGCUACUGUAGACAUGGAAGGAUGGUAGAGGCCAAAGCAUUCCUUAGCAACCUUCCUAAGAUUUAUCCUGGAAUAUCUAAACAAGAAAAACAUAGACUGUCAGAACUGUUAGCAAAAUACACUUCGUAA